AUGUCCAGUGACGACAAGUUGCUUGAAAGCCUGGCAAAGUAUGAACACCUUUUUAAACACCAAACCACACUUGAUACUAACGAUGGAAGAGCAUUUGCUGUGGAUUGGGUUGAUAAUGGCACUAUUUAUGAAACAUAUUUCUGGGUGGAAAGGGAAGGGAAUGAUAUGGAGUUCAAACUGAGCCGAAGAAAAGCAAUUGGAAAAGUCUCUUCUUGUACCCUAACCCAGAUUUUUUCUGUCUACUCUAUUAAUUCCGAAGUUGACCAGUUCAAAAAAGGACACAGAAUAAGAUCUCAUUUUUAUUCCAAUAGUUAUGGAUUGUUGUUGAACACGGCAAAAGAUAAUUCAACUAUCGAGGUUCUAGAUGAUUGUGGCCAAGUACAAACAAUGAAAGUGACCCCCGAAAUCAGAGAAUUCAUUCCCCUCAAAAGUAUUUUGAAAAAGUCAAAGAGCUCAGAAUGGAAACUUGCGAACUAUACUUUUCAAGAUAUUCAAGGACGUACAUUUCAUGGUAAGAUUGUACAACCAGAGCGAUGUCGAUUGCGCAUCGAAUACCAAAUAGGACAAGACAUUCGCACGAAUUGGAUUAGUAUUGGACAAUUUAUCAAAAUUGAACCUUUGGAAAAAAUCAAAAAUCUGGAGAUUGAAUCGAUCGGUCAUUCUUCUUCAGGUGUUGACAUUGAGCAAAGCACCUCCGCUGAACAAGUUCGAGAGCGUAUGGGUCAAGAAGGCAAUCAAUUGAAAUUGAAGGAAUGCGCACAAAUAUUGGCAUCGUUGUCCAAGUUUAAGACUGAGAUGGCUGGAUGGUUAUUUCCAGAAGAACAUUCAUUGUUGAAAAGCUUUGAGCAAAGUCUUGAUCAGUUCCGUGGUUUAGUGCAAACAACAAACACGAACGAACCAAGUUGUGAGAUGUUAAUGACCAUGUUAACCUUGCUAGAGAAAGAGAUAUCUCAAUCAUACCAACAAUGUUAUGAAAGCGCAAAGCAGAAACUGAAUAGUAUCGGUGAACAGUUAGGUGUUCCAUUUUACAAAUCUGAUACCCAAAACCGAUUGAAACGUAUUGAGGACGCGUAUGUUAAACUCAAUAAUAAGUUCGUUGAGGUCACAAAAUCAUUCACUACGCGAGUACAAACCAUUGCGGAAUUGAAUCAGCAAUUGUUGACCAUCCAACAUAACCAGGAAUUGAAAAAACUUGUCAAAAAGCAUGAAAAGAAGAAAUCGAAACUGUUGACCAAAUGGAAUGAAACUUGCUCUCGACAUCAAAGCACCAUGAACGCUUUAGAAAAGAAAAACUUCCAAAAUUAA